CAUUCAAAAACUUCUUUUUCUUUUUGUUCAUAUUUGUCAUUGCAGUGUUUGCAGCAUUUGGAUCUGUCGUCACUUCACCACCUGAGCCCUCAGUUGUUGAUUGAGUCGAUUCAGUGUUUUCCUGAGCUGAUCACACUAAAUUUGAGCAAGACCUCUGCGGUCAAUCAGGUUUGUGCGACGGUGGGGAAAUAUUGUCCGAAUAUCGUAGACCUGGACAUAAGUUAUUCGGAAAUAACGGAUAAAGGGGUUCUCGACUUGGUGCAUCUGCAAUGCGGAAGACAGGCCCAGCGAAUGCACAGACUCAACGUUCUGGGCCUCAAAUUGAACCACGGCACUGUGACAUUCAUUUUGCAAAACCUGCCGAACCUCCAAGUCCUGGAAGAAGAAAAUCUCUUUGCUGCAUUCAGAGGUUUGCGAGGAAAGAAGCUGAGUGUUGCAGCAAGGAAAAGCACAGCCCUGGAAUAUUUGCAGCCCGAACACGUCGCCUUGAAAACCCUGGUUUCUUGUGUCCAAGAACUACAGCCUAUGGACAUUUUAACAGCUAUUCAAAUAUCGCCCUUGGCAACAAAAUGCUUGCAGCAUUUGGAUCUGUCGUCACUUCACCACCUGAGCCCUCAGUUGUUGAUUGAGUCGAUUCAGUGUUUUCCUGAGCUGAUCACACUAAAUUUGAGCAAGACCUCUGCGGUCAACCAAGUUUGUGCGACGGUGGGGAAAUAUUGUCCGAAUAUCGUAGACCUGGACAUAAGUUAUUCGGAAAUAACGGAUAAAGGGGUUCUCGACUUGGCAUUCAGAGGUUUGCGAGGAAAGAAGCUGAGUGUUGCAGCAAGGAAAAGCACAGCCCUGGAAUAUUUGCAGCCCGAACAC